AGUCUGGCCGGAGUUGGCUGGAGCUGUUGCCAUGACAAGCAUUUUCUUAAGACAGCUCUGCUGUUGAGACUGUCCUAGGCUGGGGGGUGGGGUGGGGGCACGAACUUCUUGGGGGUCCAUCCCUCCGAAGACAGCGAGAUCAGACACCCGCCCAGCUCCCUGCACCCAUUUUCUCCCAGGGACGGUCCUUCGCGUGGAAAGGUUGGGGAAGAAGACCCAGCCCACUCCCCCCAGCUGAAAGGCCAGAGCGCAAAGCCAGCAUCACUAGGUGGUUUGCCACACUGGGGAGAGCGGUGGGUGGCCACCCCACCCUACUCGGUCCAUGGAAACACGGAGGGACGGUCCCGCUCGGAGACACCUGGAUCUUUGCUAGAAAGAGAGGCCUAGCCCUCAUCGUUAUCCAGGGAGCCCUCCUCUUUUUCCUGACGCCAGCCUACCAUCGUAAUUGCUGAUUGUUGCUAAGGUUGCUUCCAUGGUAACAUGCUUAUCCUGUUUACACUUCUAUAUGGACAAGAAGUCUAAACUAGGAACCUACCUACUCUGGACAACCAUUCCCAUCUCCACCCAGAGGACACCAAUCAUCGUGACACCACGUCCAUCUUUUACUAAGUUCCCCCAACCUCUUCCUCUUCUCACUAGUAGACUUAAUACAGAAGCAAGGAUCUAGGCCGGGUGUUGCUACUCUGAAACUUAUUGCACGAGAUAUUGUCAAUUUAUCCCCUAACUGACCUCCCAGAGAAGAAAGAAGUGGGAAGAAACGGCGAAUAGAAGGCAAGAGACACUGAUCAGUUAGAGGGGAAACUCUACAUCUUCUCUGGUUGAGAGUCUGGUAACUGAAGAAGGCAAAAUGACGAAUCCACCAGGACAAAGCGUGUCAGCCAACACAGUGGCUGAGAGCCAUGAAGGGGAGUUUGGCUGCACCUUAAUGGACCUGCGAAAGCUCAUGGAGCUUCGUGGAGCUGAUGCAGUGGCCCAGAUCAGUGCCCACUACGGAGGGGUACAGGAAAUCUGCACUAGACUGAAAACCUCCCCUAUAGAAGGUCUAUCUGGGAACCCUGCAGAUUUGGAGAAGCGUAGACUUGUUUUUGGAAAGAACGUGAUACCUCCAAAAAGGCCCAAGACUUUCUUAGAAUUAGUGUGGGAAGCCCUGCAGGAUGUCACGCUCAUCAUCCUAGAGAUCGCAGCCAUCAUCUCCCUGGUCCUGUCCUUCUACCGACCUCCGGGUGGAGAUAAUGAAAUCUGUGGUCACAUUGCAAGUAGCCCAGAAGAAGAGGAGGAAGGAGAAACUGGCUGGAUUGAGGGGGCGGCCAUUCUCGCCUCGGUGAUCAUUGUGGUACUCGUGACAGCCUUCAAUGACUGGAGCAAAGAGAAGCAGUUCCGGGGGCUGCAGAGUCGCAUCGAACUGGAGCAAAAAUUCUCCAUUAUCCGGAAUGGUCAGCUUAUCCAACUCCCAGUGGCUGAGAUUGUGGUGGGAGAUAUUGCCCAGAUCAAAUACGGUGACCUGCUGCCUGCAGAUGGAAUUCUAAUCCAGGGAAAUGAUCUGAAGAUUGACGAGAGCUCUCUGACAGGAGAAUCAGAUCAUGUCAAGAAGACUCUGGACAAAGACCCCAUGUUGCUCUCGGGGACUCACGUGAUGGAAGGUUCUGGACGGAUGGUAGUGACUGCUGUGGGGGUCAACUCCCAGACUGGAAUCAUCUUCACCCUCUUAGGAGCUAGUGAGGAAGAAGAUGAUGAUGACAAGAAGAAGAAAGCAAAGACCCAGGAUGGAGUGGCCUUGGAAAUCCAGCCACUCAACAGCCAAGAGGGGCUCGACAGUGAGGACAAGGAGAAGAAAAUAGCCAGGAUACCCAAGAAAGAGAAGUCGGUGCUGCAAGGCAAACUCACACGCCUGGCUGUGCAGAUCGGGAAGGCGGGUCUGAUCAUGUCUGUCCUCACAGUUGUCAUCUUGAUUCUGUACUUUGUGGUUGACAAUUUCGUGAUCCAGCGCCGAGAAUGGCUUCCUGAGUGCACUCCUGUCUAUAUCCAGUAUUUUGUCAAGUUCUUCAUCAUCGGAGUCACUGUAUUGGUAGUGGCUGUGCCAGAGGGGCUGCCACUGGCUGUCACCAUCUCACUAGCCUACUCUGUAAAGAAAAUGAUGAAGGACAACAACUUGGUACGGCACUUGGAUGCUUGUGAGACAAUGGGCAAUGCCACAGCCAUUUGCUCCGAUAAGACAGGCACACUGACCAUGAACCGCAUGACCGUGGUGCAAGCUUACAUCGGGGGCACUCACUACCGCCAGAUCCCACAGCCCGACGUCUUCCCACCCAAGGUUCUGGAGCUCAUCGUCAAUGGCAUCUCUAUCAACUGUGCUUACACGUCUAAGAUUCAGCCUCCAGAAAAGGAGGGAGGCCUACCCCGACAAGUAGGCAACAAGACAGAGUGUGGGCUGCUGGGCUUUGUCACAGACCUGAAGCAGGACUACCAAGCAGUUCGCAAUGAGGUGCCUGAGGAGAAGCUCUUUAAGGUGUACACCUUCAACUCAGUGCGCAAGUCCAUGAGCACUGUCAUCAGGAAGCCGGAAGGGGGCUUCCGCAUGUUCAGCAAGGGCGCCUCUGAGAUAAUGCUGCGCAGGUGUGAUCGAAUCCUGAACAAGGAAGGAGAAAUCAAAUCGUUCAGAAGUAAGGACCGAGAUAAUAUGGUACGCAAUGUCAUUGAGCCCAUGGCCAGUGAAGGGCUCCGGACUAUCUGCUUAGCUUACCGAGAUUUUGAUGGCACAGAGCCCUCGUGGGACAUUGAGGGUGAAAUCCUCACUUCGCUGAUCUGCAUUGCAGUGGUGGGCAUUGAGGAUCCUGUGCGCCCGGAGGUACCAGAUGCAAUUGCCAAAUGCAAACGGGCUGGCAUUACUGUGAGGAUGGUGACAGGUGAUAAUGUCAACACAGCCCGGGCCAUUGCCACCAAAUGUGGCAUUCUGACUCCUAAAGAUGACUUCUUGUGCCUGGAAGGCAAAGAAUUCAACAGUCUUAUCCGAAAUGAGAAGGGUGAGGUUGAACAAGAAAAGCUGGACAAGAUCUGGCCCAAGCUUCGGGUACUGGCACGAUCUUCUCCCACAGACAAGCACACAUUGGUGAAAGGUAUCAUUGACAGCACUGCUGGGGAACAGCGGCAGGUAGUGGCUGUCACCGGUGAUGGAACAAAUGAUGGACCUGCUCUGAAGAAAGCAGAUGUCGGGUUUGCUAUGGGCAUCGCAGGCACAGAUGUGGCUAAGGAGGCGUCAGACAUCAUCCUGACCGAUGACAACUUCACCAGCAUUGUGAAGGCAGUGAUGUGGGGACGGAAUGUGUAUGACAGCAUUUCCAAGUUCCUACAGUUCCAGCUCACUGUCAAUGUGGUGGCCGUGAUUGUGGCUUUCACUGGAGCCUGCAUCACUCAGGAUUCCCCACUGAAAGCGGUGCAGAUGUUGUGGGUUAACCUGAUUAUGGACACGUUUGCUUCCCUGGCCCUGGCCACAGAGCCCCCCACCGAGUCUCUGUUGAGGCGGCGCCCCUAUGGGCGAAACAAGCCUCUGAUCUCCCGCACUAUGAUGAAGAACAUCUUGGGCCAUGCUGUGUAUCAGCUCCUAAUCGUCUUCCUCCUCGUCUUUGCUGGCGACACACUGUUCGACAUUGACAGUGGGAGGAAGGCACCUCUCAAUUCGCCACCCAGCCAGCACUACACCAUUGUUUUCAACACGUUUGUGCUGAUGCAACUCUUCAACGAAAUCAACGCUCGGAAGAUCCACGGUGAGAAGAACGUGUUUGCAGGCGUCUACCGCAACAUCAUUUUCUGCACUGUAGUUUUGGGCACAUUCUUCUGCCAGAUCAUGAUUGUUGAACUGGGAGGGAAGCCCUUCAGCUGCACAAGCCUGACCAUGGAGCAGUGGAUGUGGUGUCUCUUUAUAGGGAUUGGAGAACUUUUGUGGGGUCAGGUCAUCUCUGCAAUACCUACCAAGUCUCUGAAGUUCCUGAAGGAGGCUGGCCACGGCAGUGACAAAGAGGACAUCAGCAGGGAUACUGAGGGAAUGGACGAGAUUGACCUUGCCGAGAUGGAGCUUCGCCGAGGCCAGAUCCUCUGGGUCCGUGGCCUGAACCGGAUUCAGACUCAGAUUGACGUAAUUAACAAAUUCCAGACGGAAGCCCCCUUAAAGAGAGUCCGAGAGAACAUGACUCAACACCUUGAUGUAAAACUGGUUCCUAGCUCCUAUUCCGCAGCAGUUGCAUCACUCAGAACUUGCCCCUCCAUCUCUUCUGCCAUCUCUUCUGCAGUUACAUCUCCUCCUGUGGGCAGUGAGUGAGAAUCAGAGUCGUCAAACUGUUCCAUAAUAACCAUGAAGUUGCUCAUAAACCCAAGAAUCGUAGCUCCAUCCACACCUUCAUGACCCAACCUGAAUACCCCGCAGAUGAUGAAUUGUCACAAUCCUUCCUGGAUAUCCAAGAGGGCAAUCCUGAAUUGGUUUCUAAGGCGGGGACGAGUGUGCUCCUGUUGGAUGGUGAAGCUGCUUCGCACGACAACAUAAAUAACAACGCCGUGGACUGCCACCAAGUGCAAAUCGUUGCCUCCCAUUCUGACAGCCCUCUGCCAAGCCUGGAGACACCGGUCUGAACUUCCAUUCUCUGAGUCCCGCCCCUGCUCUCCCUGUUCCUCUUCUUCUGUCCCAUCUGUAUGUGACGGUGGGACUUGUCAUUGUUGUGUCAGCUGCUCCUAAGUAUGUGAGAACCCCCACCCGACCAUGAAGAAGCAGGAGCACAGACCUACCUGGAUUCAGUCAAACCCUGGGCAGGUAACGGUAGAUCCACUCCUCAGGUGUACUCGCUGUCAUUUUAAAGAGAUGGUGGCAAACCUCUUGGCAUCACCCAACCCAAAAUCUCCACAGCACUCCCACAUGCGCCACCACCUCCUCUUGACUCCAAAAUUUUAUCCAAUGAGUUUCUGCCAUUUACAUUUACAAGCUAAGCUGUGGGCUCGGUGCAAGACAAAUACCCUGGGUUUGUGUUUCAGUAGAGUGGUUUUUCUUAAAACAUUUUUUUUUUCCUAUUUUGAAAAUGUGCACUCUAAGGCCUCCAGCUCUUUCUGCCCUUCAUUCUGAUGUCCCCUCAAGGUUCUUAUAUGGCUGAUAUCUCUCUCUCUCUCUCUCUCUCGGUAGUUAUAAGAAUGGAAAGGACAUGGACAAGUUGAGCCAACUUUGACCCUUUCUGGCCCCAGUAGAACCUUUCAUUCUGUUCUAGAGGCAGGCAGAUUUCUUUGCUAAAAAUGGUCUUUUUGGAGCAAAUGAGCUGGUGAAAUAUUUCCCUAUUCUUACCAGGUCAGCACCCACCUUCUGAAUGUCUGUCUUCUUGGGUAUAUAGGGGUUUUGAAGUGCCACGGCAAUCAGCCCUAACCAUGGGGCUUGUGCAUGUGGAAUCUAUAGUUUUUACCGUAGGCCUGAGCUUCCUUCUUGCCCAGGGAGGUAGCAGAAGAGUGAAUGGGUCAUGCCCCUGCCUCCUAGAUGGUUGAGGAGCCUCAGAAGGACCAGGAGUCACUAAAGCAGACUUCUUUCAAGGGUUUUUGCCAAGGCUCUCCCAGGGCAGGAGCUUCUGGGAGAGGGUAGGGGGGAUGAGUGUUAAGAAGUCUUGGGAAGGGCUAAAGAACCAGUCCUUCAGGAUCUGAGAAACCUCCCUACACUUUGCCCCACAUCAUUUUCUGUCUCUAAGGAGGCCCCUAACUUCUGCAAACAUUCUAAUGUUGAAAAUGCAUAGCCACAAGAGGAGGCUCCCUGACAGCAUGCUGGUUCAAGGAGCAAAAGGCUCUCCCUGGGAAGCCACCUCCUCCCACCCCCCACCACCACCCCCCACCCCCGUUUUCAUGCACCCUCCUCCAGCGUCUCUACUGCUGCCCAGGGAAGUCUGUGCCUUUCUGCCCCAACACUGCCCAGAGCACCCUCUGCCCGCCCGCCUCUCAGGAGCUGGGAACUUCACCAAAAGGGACUUUGCCUUACUGGGACAAGGAGGAGGCCCAGUCCCAGGUGCUCCAUGUGUAUCUCCGCUGGGCUGAUUUAAGCAUUUUUGUGCAGGUGGAUGGAAUGUAUGUCCCCAAGUCCCACCUCCUGUUAGGUCAGUGAAGCCUUCCUCCCUCUUUCCAGGGUAAUGGGAAUAAGAGGGUGCCUGAGGCUCAUGAGAACAGCCAGGUUUCCGCUUGGGAAAGGAAAGUGAAAUGAGCUUGCCCACUCUUCUUCUAGCGUUCUUCCUCCCACCCCACCUUUCCCCCACGCUCCCAGGGGAGGGUGAGUGUAGGGACAAACACCAUCCCACACCCAUUCCAGCAUAAUCCAUCAUUAGAGGAAGUAGGGAGAAGGCUUUGAUUGGGAUUUUGUAAAGCUUACACAUUUCGGCAAUCUUUCCUCUUUGGGGGGAAAGGUAUCUCACUCAAGGUGUUGUUGUUCAACUAUAUAUAUUUAAGUACAUUAGAAGAUUGGAUUCUGUCAACUCUUUUAUUACCUCAGAUUAUUUUUAAAAAAUAAGCCAAUAACAAGUUUUGAAGGCCAUUUUACCAUCCUUGCUCCCAAACAAUUCUGUGGUGCCUGACAGGUUAACUCCUGAGGGCUUGUGUCUACUUUUUCAAAGUCAACAGGUUUUUCUGUGUAUGCGUGUUCUGUAGUUUCCAUAGUAAGAGAGAAAAUAUAGAAAUAUUAUGCAAAAAAAUAUAGUUUUCUUUAGGUCAGGAACUGACAUUUAUUAGUCAGCCAUAUAUCUAUAUCUAUAUCUCUCUAUAUAUAUAUAUUGUUUAAAGAAUUUCAAAUAAAGUGCCACCAUGUCACACCGUGGAGAGGAGCAUCACCAGCUGUUUGGCAUGACAGGUGACUCAGUAUGUUUGUAAUUGGUUAAAAACAACAACCAAUAUACUAUACUUACUUUCUCCAAACAGCCAUCUUUAUAUUUAGGGAAAAAAUUUGUUGGGUUCUAGACUUUUUUAAUAUAAAUUUUGUUGAUACAGAAUUGAAUAAGUUCAAGUGUUUCUGUGCAUAUGUUUUUAUAUGUUUUUUUUUUCUAUUCAGUUUCAGUAAUCCAGGUGGCAGUGUGUAAAUAUGAUAUCAGUUAUGACACUUUCCCCUAAAUGGUGCUUCGGAUUUGAAAGAGGUCAGAUGGGGAGAGAGAAUAUAUCCUAGAGCCUUCUUUUGAUAAACCUGGAUAGAUAGGUAAGAACCUGCUGGUAGUGAAGGAAGCACCCACAAAGAGGCUCCUUAGCUGUGGGGCCACGGCAGGUGCUGCCGUGGAGGAGAGCCAGGCUUGUUGGUACUCAGGAGUGAGGAUCAGUUGGGUUUCUGUUUCUUAAGAAAUUAGUGGGCAGAGUAGUAUCAAUGAUGGAUGGUCUCUGCUAGUGAGCAAGGGUACUCCAAUGUGGGGUCUACAGUUCUUUAUGCUUCCUUCCCUUUCUCCUCCCCCCGGAGAGACCCCACUAGUGAGGUUCUGUGUAUGACUCUGAGUUGUAACAACCUGCUGAUACAGCAGAGAGGAGCCAGAGCUCCAAACUGGAAAAGAUCAAUGCAACAACAAUGGCUACUUGUAGCUCCGGCUGACAGUCUCAGGACUAGGCCUUCUCAAUAGUUCUUCCAUGUCCUUUCCAGUACUUUUCCCAUCCCAAAAGCUGUAGGAGAGACCAGCUAGAAACCCUCCGGACCCUUGGAAGUUCCUCGGGGUUGGAUUUCUUUUUUGCCUUCAAGCUUUAGGGGAGAGUUGCAAAGAUCAAUCAGAGGGAUUACCUCACUGCCAAAAACACAAGGGAACUUGAGUGUGCCCGAAUCCUCGCCCAGACCCCGCUCUUUCUCCCCACUCCCCUCGCCUUACAGUUGAAGCUACCAGUGGCACCAUUCCAGUCUGCACAUCCAAUCACUUUCUGCAUCUAGGGUCCACCCCAUGGCACUUAGGGGUGGGCACUUGCAAUGCCUGCUGUUCUAAAGCCAUUCCGGCCUCCUCCUCAGAAUAGACCAGAUACUCUCGGUCCCUUCCGUUUUAGCUCAGAGCCAGAACUUUUACCUUCCCAGUCUGCAGUUCGGCCUGCUGCCUCCUUUCUUCUUGGUUGGGAGAGGUGAAGGAAGGUGAGAUUCCCUGCAACGGAAUCGACCUUUGGCCCGUAUUUUCUCCCUGUAUGUAUAUAUGCCAUAUGUAAAUAUGCCAUAUAUGUGCCAACAAAUUGUUCUACGCCAUCUUUUCUAAUCAGCAUGCAGAUAGGAAUUUUGAGUUUCUUCUCAGUAACUAGUAUAAUGAGCACUGGUAUUUUUGUACAAAACAAAAAGAAAAAAAAAUUGACUUUUGUGGUCUGCAUGACAGACAUGUUAUCAAAGCAAUGUAUACCCUAGCGUGUGUGGCCAUAGUUUGCAGUUCAGCUGAGCAGUGCACCCAAUCUGUAUUUGCAUUUGAUAUUAUUUAAGCUCUAUGUAUAAUGUUUUGCAUGUAUUUAUAUGGUUCUUGGGAGGGGGGAUGCUAGAAACUGACAAAUCUAUACUGCAAAUGUGUUAUACAACUGACACGGGAAGAAAAGGAGUUUUAAAGGGGGUGACUUUUUGGAACCAAUAAAGCUUUUUGCUGAUGAACAGAAACCAAUGCCAUGCACUGAGAAUAAAAACCCAUGCCCACUUGUAA